UUUAGCUCAGCACGUCCUGUGCUCCAGGAGGAGACUUUUCGGGGCCAAUGGCCCCCCGGACGAAAAAUAUACAUACAUACAUACAUUCGGGCUGGGGAUAUCAUCGCCCUCAGCGGAAGAGGGUCAGGACGACGAAGGUAUUGGAGAUGGAGCAGCAAAAUGGCGAUAAGGAAUGGCAGGAGGAAGGUGAGACCAGUGAGGGAGCUCUGGGACCAAACCGAGCUCGGAAGCAGACUGCCCCCAGGUCAUCCGGGGGCAUGGUCGAGGCAGUCCAGAGCUUGGAGCAACUCCUGGAGCAGGACUUCAACAAGAAAAUCGAAGCGAUGAAAGUUGAGUUUCAGCUCGAGUUCACCAAUCUCAGAGAUCGCAUGGCCGAGGAAGUCACCAGGGCCACGGCCUAGAUGGCACAAGAAUUAUCGCAAGUCCGAGACCAGCUUACCCAGGUUUGCGGUGGGCAGUAGCAUACAUGGGCAAACCGUUUAAAUGGUCGAAUAUUUCCUCAAACGUUUGAACGGUUCAAAAAUAUUGCAAACGGUUAAACGAACGAAUGAAUGAUUUAUGACGGUGAGAAAUAUCCACCGCGCCUGCUCUAAUACCAGUCGAAAUAAUGCCCACUAUCAUCGUCAACGUCCUGAGAGUUACCCUCCGGCCGUGGGAUUCCGAUUAAACCCAACCCGUUCUCAUGCAGAGGCUGUAUGAAUCCUUGACGCAACCAAUUGCCCGUACAUUCAAUCAUCUCGAUAGUU